AUGGGUGAAAGACCCCUGACCAAGGAUUGUAUCGAGCUUGGAAAAUUUGUUCUGUCCGGUAUCACCCCAGCUCCAAGGGGAGUUACAAUAGAAGAGGAUACCUUGGAGAUCGACGAGGAUGGAAUACUCAAAGAGAUGUCAAGGGAGAAGAUCCCAGGAGCAAAAUCUACGUCCCUAACCAUGACCAGCUACAAAGGAAAUUUGACGCAGAAUCAUAUUAAGAGGAUGAUCAAAGAAGCAAAGGAGAUGGCAGAGCAAGACAAGAUAGCCAGGGCAUUUGUGGAUGCCAGGAUUGAGUUAGAGAGUUACAUCUAUGAUGCCAAGAACGCCUUUCUCAGUGGUGAUUGGCUGCAGCAGGUGGGUGAUAAGAGGGGAAAGGUGGAGAUUAUCUGUUCCGUGAGAGCAGCUUCAGGUUGGUUGGGUGAAAACCAAGGCGCUACCAGAGAAGUUUAG